UUUACUCUUGACGUGGCACUCGCUUUCGCGGCAAGGAGGUGAAAGGGCGUUUUGCUUGGAGAAUGGCGGAGAAAGGAGGAGGUAAGCAGUGAGACGGCUAAUGGCCCCGCCGCCCGGGUGUGGCGACGCAGCCAUCGACAGGCACUGGUGGUGGUGGGCGAAGUGGUGGUGAUUCAUGGGAAGCCUUUCCCCUCGCGAUCACCACCAGCAGGGCUUUCAUCUUCUCGCGAACAACAGCUCCAGCGGCGGCGGCGGCGAGAGCCCCACCCAAGAAUCCACCGAUCGAUCCAGCUACAAGAGGGACGAAAGCAAGCCGCGAGCGGAAGAGCUUGUCGAGUCUGGGCGAUGCACGGAUUCCAGGGCCUGCCCGUGCGUCGAUUGCUUGAGCGACAACGCUGCUCAGCCCGGCCACUCCACCUUCUUCCAGGCCACCAUCAAUGCCUUCGUCUUGCUCAUCGGGCUGGGAACCCUGUCGUCCGCGUACGCGGUGGAGCGGUGCGGCUUUUUGGGCCUGGCGGUGCUGUGCAUCACCGCCACCUUCUUCUGGAUGGGCUCCAAGCUCGUCUGCCUGUGCAUGGAGCCCGACGAGAGCCUCCGCAACUACCAGGACGUGGCCGCCAAGGCCUUCCCGCGCUGGGGCCGCCUCCUCAUCACCACCUUCUUCUACAUCGACAUUUUGGGCAGCCUCGUCGGCUACAUGGUGUCCAUGGGCGACACCAUGCUCCUCAUCUUCCCCCGCUCCCACCUCCGCGUCCUGGGAUUCACCGGCAAGACCAUCUUCACCUGCAUCGCCUUCCUGGUCAUCCUCCCCACCGUCUGGUUCCGCAAGCUCAGCACCAUCUCCUACCUCUCCUUCUGGUGCGCCAUUAGCAUCCUCGUCACCAUCGUCUGCCUCCUCGUCGCGGGCAUCAAGAACAACAUCGGCUUCGACCAGGACGUGGCCGUCUUCCGUCCCCGCAACGUCCCCAUCGCCACCGGUGUCUACACCUUCACCUUUGGCGCCACCGCGGUUCUUCCCAACGUCUACCGCUCCAUGAAGUCCCCCGGCAGAUUCUCCGAGGUACUACUCCAUCCACUGCCACUGCCACACAAAAACUUCGUCCUGACGCUCAGCUUCGCCAUGGCGACGCUGCUCAACGUGAUCGUGGGCAUAAUCGGCUCCGUGAUGUUUGGAGCGCAGACCAAAGCCCAGGUUCACCUCAGCAUGCCGCCCAAUCUCCUGGCGUCCAAGGUGGCCAUCUGGGCGACGCUCAUCACCCCCGUCACCCAGUUCGCGCUCUUCCUCUCUCCCAUCUCGUGCGAGCUCGAGGGUGUGCUGCUGCCGCGGCUGCCGUGGAGGAGCGACUCCAGGCUCGUGCACGCCGCCUCCAUGGCGCUGCGGACGGCGCUGCUGCUGGGCAUCACCCUGGGCGCGCUCCUCUUCCCAUACUUCGCAAACAUCAUCGAGCUCAUCGGCUCCUCGGUGAGCGUCACGCUGUGCGUCGUCUUCCCCUGCGUCUUCUACGUCAAGAUCUUCUACCGGAGCUUGAUCCAGGCGCAGCAGCGGUGGAGGCUGGUGGGGAUCGUGGGGAUUGUCGUGGUCAGCGCGCUGGCUGGGGUCGCGGGCACCGUGGUCUCCAUCCAGGACUUGGUGCGCAAGAAGAACUAGAGAAUUUUGGAUUGAGCAAAAAAAAAGAAAAAUGCGUUGACCUUGGUGACUCGGCCGUUGACGGCAUAACUGCAUAUGCUUAGAGAAUCUUUUUUU